UGAGUCUGUAGCAUAACCUAACUUAUAUUAAGAGAUAAUAAAUUUUAAGAAUUCUCCGUCGUAACAAGAGGAAAAUAGGUAUAAUUUGUCACAAAUUCCAAUUAAUAUGAAUCAAGCUGAGGUCGCUAAGUUAGUUUCUAAGUUAAGAAUAAAAAUACCACCACAACCCCGCAAGCUUAAAAACCCACAGGGUCCUGAAGGAAGAUUGAAUAAAUUACGUAAAACUGUGACUGGUCUAAUAAAACAUGAGCGUAUCGAGUUAAAUUUCAAUAGAGCAGAUGAAGCCAGACAGUAUACAGAAAGGCUUAUUUCUGACGCUAUCAGAUAUGGCGAUUGCCAUAAACCCACUAUGGAAAUUGCAGACUACUGGCUUUUAGAGAAAGAACUGGUGCAUAAACUUUUCAAAGUUCUGGUACCGAGAUAUGAAAAUUUUGAUAAAUCUUACACUAGGAUGCACAAGGCUCCACGGGCAAUGAAUGUAAGGAAUCAGGAAAAAGCAGUUUUGGAGUUACGAGGAAAUCCAUACCCUAGUUUGGUGAAUAAACAGGGCAACAACAGACAACUGAUACAAAAUAUUCUGCUUGAUGCAGCAAAAUAUGAUUACCGCCAGUCAAAAUACUUGGAAAUGGCAGAGAAAAUGAGCAAAAGUGAAGAGCAGGGUACAACUACCAAAGUAGAGUCAGCGCAAGAAAGUGGUGAUAAAAAUUAGAGUAUUUUGAUGUAAUUAGGUAUUGUUUAGUAAAUAUUGUAGCAUUUGAAUAU